AUGGGUAGCUUCACCUUUAAGUGGGAACAUCCCGCCGAAGAGGUUUACGUGACUGGCACUUUCGACAACUGGACCAAGAGCGUAAAGCUAGAGAAGGAGGGCGACGUUUUCUCCAAGACUGUCGACCUGAAGGAGCCUGAGGGCAAGAUUUACUACAAGUUCAUCGUCGACGGUAACUGGAUUAUCAAUCAAUCAGCACCUAACGAGCCUGAUCUUGAGGGCAACGUGAACAACUUCGUCACUCCCGAUCAACUUGUCCGCGAAACUCCGGCCGCCGCUAUUCUUAAUACCGUGACGCCUACGUCCACGACUGCAACUAUGGCCAGCGAACAACCCUUGGAAAACAAGACCACUGAGUCGACGACUCUGGCCGAUAAGCCUACCCAAGAGGAUAAGCUGCCUCUCGAAACCCCUUCUGACAUCCCUGGUGGUUUCCCCACCACCCCUGCGAACGAGCUUGACAAAACUAUUGGUAUUAACCCUCUUCCCGCCUCCGAGGGUGCAGGAAACCCCAUCAAGCUUGAACCCGGCGAGAAAAUUCCCGAGUCCAUCACCGCUCAAAGCACCGAUUCUCAUGUGAAGCUUGACAAGGACUCUUAUGAGAAGAGUGAUGCUUACCCUGGUAUUGAGACCGAGCUUCCUCCUGUUUCCUCUAACACCAUUCCUGAGUCCAGCCUUCCCAUUAUUGGUGCGGAUGUCAUCGCCUUCAACUCUGCUGCACCUACAGCCACUACAGCCGGUCUUGCUGCUGAUGUUCCUCUGGAGUCUAAUGGCGCUUUCGUUCCUGAGGUCGUGAGAGAGAGCCAGGAGAAGGCCAAUGCUGUUACCGAGGCUAGCACAGACCCCACAGAGGUCAAGGAGAAGACAAUGGUCGAGGAGGAGCUCAAGGGCACUGUUCCCGAGGCCCCCGCAACCUCAGUAGGCACAGCUGGUGUUGGUACUGAGAAAUCGGAGAACACUCCUGACACUAGCCUCGCCGCUUUGGCCGCCACUGCCGGAGGUGCUGUCAUUGCCGCUGGCCUCGCUGCCAAGGAGACAGUGGAGGAGAAGGCUAUCCCUGCUCUCAACAACGCUACCGACGCCAUCGCCGAUUCCGCCAACAAGAACCUGCCCGACUCAGUCAAGGAGCAGCUUCCUGUCGCCGCUCAGGAGACCCUUGCUGCCAAGAACGAGGAGCAGAGCCGAGAGCAAAUUUCUCCCGAGGUUCCUGCCGAGGUUAAGGAGUCCCUGAUCGAGGCUGGAAAGGCUCCCGAGGCUGCUGCCAACACUUCUGCCGUCGAGGACAAGAAGGCUGUCGAGAGCGAGCUCUUGAAGGAAGUGAAGCCUGUUACUGGCAUUUACGAUUCUGUUGUUGAGCAAGAGCAGCCCAAGGACGAAUCCAAGCAGGUAUCUCCUGAGGUUCCCGCCGAGGUCAAGGAUUCUAUUGCUGAGGCUGGCAAGGCCCCUGAAGCUGCCGCCAACACUGAGGCUGUCGAGGAAAAGAAGCUAGUUGAGGCUGAGCUCCUUAAAGAAGUCAAGCCCGCGGCCACAAUUGAUGAGACUCCUCAGGUUGCUCCUGAGGUGCCUACCGAAGUCAAGGACUCUAUUGUCGAGGCCGGUGAGCGCCCUGAGGCUGCAGCUAGCACCGAAGCUGUCGAGAACAAGAAGGAGGUUGAAGCUCAACUCCUCAAGGAGGCCGAGCUUGUCCCUGCUGUCGGAGACGCAAAGCCUGCCUUUGAGGCCAACCCUGACUCUGCUGUCAAGCCUCAGGAAAACAAGAUUCAAGAGCCUGUAUCUCCCGUUCCCGCCGUUGUUCUUCCCACAGAGAGCAAGGCCGAGGAGCCAAAGACAGAAGCGCUAGAGGCUAAAGAGACUAAGCCCGUCACUAAGACCGAGACCCCUGCGUUCGGCAAUGGCAGCUCGACGGUCGGCAACGGCACCACAGCGACCGGCAACGGUGCCUCAACAACAGAAACCAAGCCCACUGAGGCCUCGCGCAACGGCAGCGCCUCUGCAGCAAGUGGUAAGGAGAAGAAGAAGAACCGACUGAGUUCAAUCUUCAGCAAGAUCAAGCACAAGCUGUCUGACAAAUAG